UCAAAUUCAAGCUGCUCGACAAAGAGAAGAAGAAGAAGUUCCGUCUCGAUCCGUGUUCCAGUAGCGCCAAAUUUCGAACAUGUUGUUAAAAAGAACUCAAAGAAAUGGCUGAAAAAUAUUCCAAGUCUAAACUUAAACGGAAUAAAGUGCCGGUCAAAGAGCUGCAGCCGGAAGCAAGGUUAGGUGGGACAGCGCGGAGGAGUCCUGCCUACCCCAGAGACAGCACUGCGCCUAUGGGAAGGGUGGGGGCUCCUGUGCGGUGGUGGAGCAGACAGCAGCUGCCUGCAGCGGAGCGGCUGUGGGCGAUGGCUCUGGAGAGCGCUUUGCAGGAGGACCAGCUCUGGGACCUUCCUCCUCCUCUCCCUCCUCUCCCUUCUCUCCCUCCUUCCUCUGCAGCGAGAGCUGCAGCUGGACAGGCGGAUGAGCAGCGGUGGUGUGACCUCAGUGGAGAGGUGCCCCCCCUCCCUGUGUCUUCCCCCCCCUCUUUUCUCAGGCAGCAGCAGCCCUCAGUGCUGUCCUCUCAUUGCAGCAGGCCCAAUUUAGCCCCCAUCCAAUCACCACAGCCCCCACUCACCAGCUGGAAGGAGCCACCAUCACCCAGCAGACCCUCAGGUGGAGACAGGUGGAGUAAAGGAGGAGAGACUGGAGCGCUAAACAGAGAGGGGGGGGCCAGGAGGAAGGAUUCUCUGCAGAGGGUGGAGGAGCAUAAAGAGGAGGGGGUGCAUAGGACUGUUGGAGAUGCGACAGGAGGGGGGGAGCGGCACAGCUGUCCCAUAUGCCUGCUGGAGUUCAAUGAGGGCUCCACACAGAUGGAGCGCGACGGCCACCUGGCCCGCUGUCUGUCCGAGGUCAACGUGGACAUGAGCUGGUGAGAGGACAGGACGCUGGCCGCGCUCCAGCAGGAAACACUCACCACACACACUGACUCAGGAUCAGAUGGUGCAGAGAACACCCAGCCGCUCACUGACGGAGGCUAUCCUUCACUCUGGGUCCUGACUCAAAGUGACAGAAACUCUCUGGAGAAAACACUGGAAGAAGUUUCACACUGACAGCUCUGCUCUCAAAAAACAACUGAAACGAGGUGCAAAGCUGCUAAAAAAGAAUAUGUGACUGGAUUCUGUUGAUAUGAAUUAAUGAAUUUACUGUCAGGUAUUAGUUUUUUGUCUCAUCUUUUGCUGAACGGAUGAAUUAAAGAGAGCUUCAGAGUCUGUUCCUCCCGCUGUCAAUAUUUAUGAUAAGCUAACCAACGCAUGUGCUGAGGGACAUUGAUAUUCAUUUAAUCUUCUCUAGCACAUAAACAUAUUGUUAGACUUAAAGCUAUAAUAUGUAACA